ACCCCAUUUAUAUAUCGCCGAUAGGCUUCUCUCUCUCCCGUCAGCUCAGUUUCGCAACGCCAUCCUCGUCUCCAUCGAAACCCCAAUCUCAUCAUCGUCGCCCUCUCUGUGUAUGUAUAUGUUGAUGUAUAAUAUAUACCAUAUAUAAUAUACACGCGCAUAUACAUACACACAUUAUAUAUAACCCCGAGCGCGACUCUUCUUUCUCUAUCUGUUGAUCCCUAACCCUUAUCGAAGGAUACCGAAAGCGCUUGUUGAUGGGGACUGUGAUGACGAAUUCCGACGGUGCGGUGGUCGGCGGAGGAAGCGACGGCGUUUUGGGGUGUAAUCUGAAGCGUGAGAAGCUUAUAAUCGAUACUGACCCUGGUAUCGAUGACACUAUGGCAAUCUUAAUGGCAUUUCAAACUCCGGAGUUGGAAAUAUUGGGCUUGACAACAAUAUUCGGUAAUGUUACCACUGAAGAUGCCACUCGCAAUGCCUUGCUUCUCUGUGAGAUCGCAGGGCAGCCAGGUGUGCCUGUGGCGGAGGGAAGCCCUGAGCCUCUGAAGGGUGGAAGGCCACGUGUUGCUGACUUUAUCCACGGUUCCGAUGGAUUGGGGAACAUAUUUAUACCUCCUCCAGAAACAAAGAAAAUUGAGAAGACUGCUGCUGAAUUUCUUGUUGAUACAGUGUCUCAAUAUCCUGAUGAAGUAUCAAUACUUGCCCUUGGCCCCUUGACAAACUUGGCAUUGGCAAUCAAAAGGGAUUCUUCCUUUGCAAGAAAGGUGAAGAGGGUGGUUGUACUUGGCGGUGCUUUCUUUGCACUGGGAAAUGUAAAUCCUGCUGCUGAAGCAAAUAUUUAUGGAGACCCGGAAGCAGCAGAUGUUGUGUUUACAUCUGGGGCUAACAUUACUGUUGUUGGAAUAAAUAUUACGACCCAACUCAAGUUUACAGAUUCUGACCUCCUCCAACUGCGGGAAUCAAAAGGAAAACAUGCUCAAUUCAUAAGUGACACUUGUAAAUUCUACAGAGAUUGGCAUGUGAAAUCUGAUGGUGUUUAUGGGAUUUUCCUCCAUGACCCUGUCAGUUUUGUAGCAGUAGUCCGUCCUGAUCUCUUUACAUACAAGAAGGGGGUUGUGAGGGUUGAGACUCAGGGCAUCUGUGUUGGGCACACACUGAUGGAUCAAGGACUAAAGAAUUGGAAUUCAAACAAUCCAUGGACAGGCUAUUCCCCUGUUGAAGUUGCUUGGACAGUGAACGUGGAUGAAGUCCUUGAUUAUAUAAGAGAUCGACUGAUGACAUCGUGAAAGCUAUGGGAUUAGGUGACUUCAAUCGAAAUUGUGUCAAUAAAUAAAAUUAAAAAAAAUUAAAAGUUGAAAGGGUCGCCUCAUGUUACCCCUGAAAAUCUCUUCAUGGCUCUUCCUCAUUCUUAGAGAUACUGAACUCUGUGGAGGACGAGCUAGAUCAACCUUACAUUUAGUGAACUUGUAAAACAUUAUGACAUGCAAUUAGCUGUUAUAUGAAGUUUCAAAAAGUAGUGAAAAUUCCUCUGAAAGUGUUGUGCAA